AUCAUCUAUGUUAUAGCAAAGUAAUGAUUGGUAAUAACAUGCGAGAUACUGGUUUCCCAUGUUUGCAGAGCAGAGCUGGCGAAUGUGCGGGGCAGAAGCGGAAGGCUGCUUCCAGCAGGGGCCGCUGGCUGGCUGGGUACAGAGGAGGGAGGCGGAGGAUAGGCGAGCCGCGGUGCAUUGUGGGCUGCCCCAGAGCGAGCUGAGCACUGCUCACACACACAAUAUGUGUUGGCUCGCCAAAAAGGAGCAGGCAGGGUGCCCUCCACGGCAUGCCAUGUAACCGGGGACGGGGCCUGUGAAGCGGCGUGGCCUUUCCUGCCGGGCAAGGAGACGACCCUGUACGCAGGGGAGCAGGGGCUGGGGGGGUGUGGGAAAGGCGGGCAGGCAUGUCUUUCAAGGAGGCCAAGCCUGGGGAGAGGAGCAAGAAUCCAGAAGACCAUGGCAAGAAGCAGCCUGCAAGCUGGAUGAACGGCAUGGAGGCGGCUAACCAAGCCGGCACUUCUGGCGACAAGAGAAGUCACCAUUGGAAGAGUUACAAGUUGAUCAUCGACCCUGCUCUGAAGAAGGGGCAGCACAAACUCUACCGCUACGAUGGGCUCUACUUCAGCAUGCCUAACUCGGGUGUCCCCCCAGUGGAUUCCGUCAGAGAUCCCCGGAUCGGAAGGAUAUGGACCAAAAAUAAGGAGAUCGAUUUAACUGUGCCGAAGCUGAAGAUUGACGAGUUCUAUGUCGGGCCGGUUCCCCCCAAGCAAGUCACGUUUGCAAAACUCAACGACAACAUACGGGAGAACUUCCUGAGUGACAUGUGCAAGAAGUACGGGGAGGUGGAGGAGGUGGAGAUACUGUACAACCCCAAGAACAAGAAGCACCUGGGCAUUGCCAAAGUCAUGUUUGCCACUGUGAAGGGCGCCAAGGAUGCAGUGAAACACCUGCACAACACGUCAGUCAUGGGCAACAUCAUCCACGUGGAGCUGGAUACGAAAGGUGAGACACGAAUGCGGUUCUAUGAACUGUUAGUUAAUGGUCUCUACACACCCCAGACUCUUCCAGUUGGAUGUGACUUGGAUGCUUCACCCACUGUGAAUGAAACGCCACAGGUAAAUGAAACCUUGAAACGUACGAAAGAAACUGGUGUGGGUGCAUCAGUUACCCCAAACAGCAGUACUCCAUUUUCCCACGAUACAGCCUAUUCUAGCUGUCGGCAGGAUACCCCUAACUCUUACAGCCAGUAUACUCCACAAUCACAAGGGACUCCUCACACCCCACGUCUAGGAACACCUUACUCUCAAGACUCCAACUAUUCCAGUCGGCAAACAACACCAGCUUUUCAUUAUGGGCAGGACUACAAACCAAGGAGACAUGAAUCAAAGUAUUCAGACGCUUACAACCGGAGGCCGGGGCAUCACUAUGUCCACAGCUCUGGCGCUUACCGUGGCUCUGACCACACUUUUAAUGCAGCCCGAUCGCAACCAGAGACUCCGCAGCUAUCGCAUACACCACCUUUAAGCCAUUCUGGUAUGAAGUCAGCCUUUUCUCCUUAUCAAGCAUCUUCAGUUUACCCACUUCUCGAUGAGAAUCCAUUCCCACAGACAUCAAGAGAACUAGAUUACCGGAGAACAGUACCGCCACUAUCAGAGCUUUUGUCUGAUGGUGGGUGUAGUUCUAUAAAUAUUGACUUUAUACCAGUUAAAGAGAAACCUGAUGAACCCCCUCCUCCAGAGCCAGACUGUGUCAAGGAGCUGAAAUCUGCCUCUCGUGCUCGCACGCCAGAGGGACGGGGCACACCAGGGACACCUACAUUGGAGUCAGAAAUGCAGCACAAUAGUUUAGAUUCAAGAAUUGAAAUGCUUUUAAAAGAGGAAAGAACCAAAAUACCUUUCCUACAUGAACCUAGUGUGGACAAGGAGUUGAGGAUGGAAGGAAGUCCUAUAUCUUCCUCUUCAUCCCAGCUAUCGCCUAUCCCUCCGUUUAGCUUGAGCUCUCAGUAUCAGGAUGUUACCCCUUCUUCUCGACCUUCUAGCACAGGGUUAGAAGACAUCAGCCCAACUCCAUUGCCAGACUCUGAUGAUGAUGAUGAGCCAAUUCCUGGCACUUCAUCUUUUUGCCAGAACUCAAGGUCGGGAACUCCCACUAUCCAAUUGAGUCAGCCUUGCAGGACAGUGGAGUGCUCUGAGGUGACUGAACAGAUGGCAGGUGACGAAACUCCAACAUCUGAGAAAAUGGAUGAGGGUCAUCCUUCUUCGGGAGAGGACAUGGAAAUCUCAGAUGAUGAAAUGAACACUUCUCCCAUCACCAGUGAAGAAUGUGACAAAUCCAUUGUCAUGAAUUCAGCAGUCACCGCUUCCAACGUCAUGACCCCAGUCAUUCCUAUCCUACCACCUGGAUUUCCUCCACUACCACCACCUCCACCUCCACCACAGCCUGGGUUCCCCAUGCCACCUCCUCUCCCUCCACCACCUCCACCAACCCACCCAUCAGUUACAGUACCGCCUCCUCCAUUACCAGCUCCACCUGGGGUUCCUCCACCACACAUUUUACCACCUCCACCACCAUACCAUCAAAAUAUGUUCCCCAUGAUACAGGGUGACAUGAUGAGUGCCCUUGGUACACAAUGGGGCGGAAUGCCUAUGUCUUUUCAAAUGCAGACUCAGAUGCUCAGCCGUAUGAUGCAGGGACAAAAUACUUACCCCUACCACCAUUUCAUGGGGAAUUCCAUGUCAUUUGGCACACAACAUACUUACCGGCCUUUAACCAUGUCCACACCUCUCUCGCGUGGGCAGCCUUGGCCUCCUUUUCCAAAGUUUGACCCAUCUGUGCCACCCCCAGGCUACGAGCACAGAAAGGAGGAUCCUCACAAGGCCACUGUGGAUGGAGUGCUGCAGGUCAUCGUUAAAGAACUUAAAGCCAUAAUGAAAAGAGAUUUGAACAGAAAAAUGAUUGAGGUGGUUGCAUUUAGGGCAUUUGAUGAGUGGUGGGAUAAAAAGGAGCGUUUAGCAAAGCAGUCUCUGACCCCAGUAAAGUCCGGGGAUAACAAAGAUGAAGAAAAACCAAAGCCGAGGGACCAAAUAACCUCAAGUCUGCUAGAAAGCUGGAACAAAGGAGAAGGGCUGGGCUUUGAAGGAAUAGGACUGGGCAUUGGCUUACGCGGAGCAAUCAGACUGCCCUCAUUUAAGGUUAAGAGGAAGGCACCACCUGAAGCUGCACUGGUUGGAGACCAGAAGAGAAUUCGUCCCUCACCUUCUGCAGAUGAGGAAGAUGAAGAGUGUGAACGAGAGAGAGAUGUGCUGGACACUAUAUCAGAUCUGUCUAAGAAGGACACCGAUUCAGUUAAUGUCUGCAGGAGGCCAGCAAGACCCCUGGACAGCGAGGGGGAAGAAGAGGUGGAAAGUGAGGGGGAAGAGCCCUCAGAUAAAGAGGAUGUAACACCUGAGAAAGAUGAGGAACAAGAUGAUGACUCCGAUGAAGCCCUGUCCAGUAAAGAGCAGCAUUAUAUUGAAGAUGAUGAUGAGGAAGAUGAUGGUGCAGAAACCAGUGGGAAGGAAGAAGAGGAAGAUUCAGAAGAUGCUACCAGUGUGACUUCUUCUAAAGCUGAAGCAGACUCAUCUGAUGAAAGUGACGAAUCCUCAGAGUAUGAAUCCAGUUCUGAAUCUGAAGAAGAUGAAGAUGAGGAGGAAGAUGAAGAGGAAGAGUCUGAAUAUGAGGAAGUAGAUGUGGAACACGAUGAUGAUGAUGACGAUGUGGAGGUAGAAAGAGAUGAUGACCUGUCAAGAGUUCCUUCUGUACAAAGCAGUCCAACCAAAGUUUCAGUGGAUGAAGAGCUAAGAGAGAUAGAAGGUGAAGCAGUGGAAGACCUUACGCCAUCAACGGUGGAGGAAGUUUCAACACUGAAUAAUACAGGUUUAGAUGCACCAGUCUAUUCCAAAGAUUUACUUGAGCAGGAAACAGUGUCCGAGGAGUUAUCAGAUAAACCUUUGGAAAUGGAUGAUGGAAAGGAUAUUGAGAAAGCUCCAUCACCAUCAAAUGAAGCAGACCAAUCUGAAGUGUAUGUUGAACUUCACUUGGUGCCUGUCCUUGAGAGUCCAAAUACAGAGCCCCAGGAGACUGUAGUCAUUCGACCUUUAACGCCUACUGGAGCUUUUGGCGACCCAAGCAUCCUUCUUAAACCAGAAGAAAUUUCCUCUGAUACUCGACAACUACAUGUAAAAUUGGCCCCAUUUAUUGCAGAGGAUGAUGUGCUCUGUCCUCGGACCCCUGGACGAGAUGCAACUGCUCAUUCUGAUUCAGAGGUUCCUUUUCCAGCUGUCCCCAAAGUAGCUCUUGCUGCUGUUCCCUUAACACAGAGUCACAGUAGGGAAGAGGAGCCACAAGUUCAUCACGAAAAGAACUAUUGUCACUUACCAGUCACAAAAAUGCUCUCUGAAGAGGAACUUCCACGAACACCUGGCAGAGAAUUUUCUGUGAAAGCAUCGCACCUUGGGAAGUCCCAAAGCACUGACACUGUACCUGCAACGCCUGGUAGUGAUGCUCCUCUCACAGGUAAUAGCUUGACUCUUGUAUCUCCCCACAUUCCUGGAAGCCCAUUUUCCUACCUUUCUCAAUCACCUGGCAUAAUUAACAGCGGUAUUCCAAGGACUCCUGGUAGGGACUUUAACUUCACUCCAACUUUCCCUGAAUCUAAUGCUACUUUCCCCUGCCAUCCAUCAAGCAAGAAACCGUCAGUUGAUGAUCCAGAUGAAAAAUCAUUUAAAGAACCAGCCAGUGCUUCCAUAAUUAUGAAUAGUGUUCCUUCCCCAAUCCCAUUUGCAAGCCCCCCAAGAGAUCUCCAAAAGGACAUCAGUUUAACGGUUGAUGAUCUGGAAUCAUCUGAAACGCCAGUAUAUGAUGAUAAAUUAUUCAGUGAAGAGAGUGAGUCUGAGCUACCUAAAGGACUUUUGCCUUCCACAGAGGACUCUUCACCUUCUCUUCCUCCUACAGGUAGGAGGAAACCCGGAAGACCCAAAAGACCCCCUCCUUCCGCCCUAGCAAUGGAUGGUGGUGAUGAUGAUGAUGGGGAGAAAAAAACAGAAACCCUCCCUAUCAUUGCAUUAACAGAAGUUGCCCUAGGUAAGGGUGUGUUCAGUAAUGAAGCUAUUGAAAUCUGUGGAAUUAAAGAACCUACGGCACUUCCGUUAGACUUUCGGAAUGAAGAGCACCCUCCUAUUACAAGCUCUGAAGCCAUAAGUCAGAAAGUCCCAUUGAAAGAGCUGGAGAACCAGUGGAGGGAAGCGGUAAAGGAAGAGGAGGACAUUACCAAACUAAAAAAAACAAGGAAUUGGAGGACCAAGAAAAAAUCUGUUGAUAUAUCUCCUGAUUUAUCCCCACCUCGAUCUGUCUUCAAGCCUCGAUCAGAGUUUGAAGAGAUGACAAUACUGUAUGACAUAUGGAAUGGAGGAAUAGAUGAAGAAGAUAUCAAGUUUAUGUGCAUUACUUAUGAUAGGCUGCUACAACAAGAUAACGGCAUGGAUUGGCUCAAUGACACCCUGUGGGUCUAUCAUCCUCCAACCAGUGUUGUUUCUCCCAAGAAGAAGAAGCAGCGGGAUGAUGGGUUACGGGAGCACCUCACUGGCUGUGCCCGUAGCGAGGGAUAUUAUAAAAUUGACAAGAAGGACAAACUGAAAUACCUCAUCAACAAUCGCUCUUUGACGGAUGAACCCUUAAAUGAUACCCAGGGGAAGAGUAUCCCAGCUCAGCCUCAUACCUCCACCCGAGCGGGCUCGGAGAGAAGAUCAGAACAGCGCAGGCUUCUCUCUUCCUUCACUGGAAGCUGUGAUAGUGAUCUGCUGAAAUUUAAUCAGCUAAAGUUCCGCAAGAAAAAAAUACGUUUCUGCAAGAGCCAUAUUCACGACUGGGGCCUAUUCGCCAUGGAGCCAAUUGCAGCGGAUGAGAUGGUCAUUGAAUAUGUGGGACAGAACAUUCGGCAGGUUAUUGCAGACAUGCGGGAGAAACGAUAUGAGGAUGAAGGGAUUGGAAGCAGUUACAUGUUCAGAGUGGAUCAUGACACCAUUAUAGAUGCUACAAAGUGUGGGAAUUUUGCACGGUUUAUCAACCACAGCUGUAAUCCUAAUUGCUACGCGAAGGUCAUCACAGUGGAGGCUCAAAAGAAGAUUGUCAUCUACUCCAAACAAUACAUCAAUGUGAAUGAAGAGAUCACAUACGAUUACAAGUUCCCUAUUGAGGAUGUUAAGAUCCCUUGUCUAUGUGGAGCGGAGAACUGCAGAGGGACGCUGAAUUAAACGCCCCUUUGGUCAUUGCACCUUUCAGCCAUAGUGGACUGCAAGAUAUUGGUGUAAGUUGCACUUUUGCCAAAAAAAAAAGGAAAAUACAAACAAAAAAAAAAAGAUAAUGUUUGGCACUUCUCUUGGGCUACUGAGCAACAAGAGCACAUGUACAUUGACAUUGCUUCUGAUUGUAAGGACCCUGGUGCUUUUUGUUUUUUUUAUUUUAUAUUUUUAUUUUUUUCUCCCAUACCUAAACAUUUAAAAGGUGAUUACCACUUAGUGGCACAAAAAACUUAUAUAAGGAAAAGAAAAAAAAAAAUCAACUUUCUCCUGUGUAACACCAACAUUAUUUCUUGUUGGAGGUAAUCCGGUACCUUCUCCUUUUUAUGCCAUAAAUGCUGCUAGUUUCCUCAUCAGAUGAUCAUCAUAGAUAUGAAGAGGAAAUGCUGUAAUGGUAUCCAUUGGAAGUAGUAGUUACCCCUUGGCUUUCAAAAGGGACUCCCUAUUUUAUAUAUUGAUGGUCUUUGUAGAGAGCUUUUGCUUGGUAUGAAUUGCUUCUGUUUGCUGUAAAGGUGUUUGCUUGGUCUAUUCCUCCUGUUUUCAGCUAAAUCUAACCAGCAUCCGAUCCCUUUGUGAUGUUUUGAAGUUCCCAAGCUCCCAUCUGCACCUACCCGCUGUCAUAGUAGUCCGUAGUUAUUCCCUCAUUGGGAUAACUGUGGAAUGGCUCUGCCUGAGUUUAGUUACAUAUACACAGUCAUUUGAGUGCUGACCAGAACGUAUGUUGAGGAAAGCUAUCCUAAUCAGAUUUUAGUGGAAGCCCAUUGUGGAGCCCAGAUAUGUAUUUUCAUGCUUCAACAUACACUUUCACCAAAGGCUCGGACACAGCGUAAUAAUUUAUCAUUAUGCCAUCAGAGGCACAGCUUGGAUUUAGUACAAAAGCAGACCUUGUUUAAUGCUAUUUGGAUGAAACAGAAUAUAUUAUGAUACACUGUCAAAAAUGUCACUUAUGAAAUCCUUUAACGCCGUGUUUUGAAUUUGACUGCAACAUUAUUGAAAGUCCCAGUGAUACCAUUUUGAGUCCUAGUCCUAGUGAUACCAUUUUUUAAAACUACUUUAAUUAACAGUAGCCUGCUAAGUAAACAACUGCAGUUAAAAUACAAAUUUGGUAUGCCAAGCUAAUCAAUCAUCUGCACACAAUUCAGAAUGGCAAUUUAUGGCACAAUGCAGCUGCAUCACUUUGAGCUUCAUAAUAUGGAAUGCAGGGCUUCUGUCCUUAGGCUGCAUUAUCACAAAUCUGUCGUCCUUGUAGAGGUUAGGUGCACUGUAACCCAUCAUUUUAGCUAAACAUCACAAGCAUUUGACGUAGACCAUAUUGGGAGGCGGCAUUUUAGUGGACAGCUGAAUACAGUUAAAAGUUGGUUCAAAAUGUAAAAAAAUAUAUCAUUUUGGUUGAAUAUCCUAUUAGUUAUUGCCAAAAGGUAAAAUGCGAUUUAGGUACAUAACGUUAUAAGAGGCAUUACGAGUCUUUUUUGCACUGGACAACUGAAAUAUGUGCAACAUUGCAAGGCUUAAGUCUACUCCAGGGGGUAUAUUUACCAAAGUGCGGGGUUAUAGAAGUGGAGUUGUUGACCAUAGCAACCAAUCAGAUUCUAGCUACUCCUUGAGAAGAUGCUAAAUAAAUGAUAAGUAGAAUCUGAUUGGAUGCUACAGGCAACAUCUCCACUUCUAUAAACCCUCACUUUAGUAAAUAUACAGCUAUAAGUUUCAUUAGAGGAAAAUACAUUCUGUUAUUAAUCAGCUACGAUGCUCUUACUUUCAGUCGUUUUGAGGAGGACCAUCUUCCAGUCUGCAUGUGUUAAUGAUGCUGUUGUGAAGAAAAGCAGAGCAACAAACAUAGUUCAUUGCUUACUACUUACAUCUGCAAGCCAGUCACAUUGCACAGUACUUCCAUGAUCACGGUCUUUGAGGACAAGUUUAUUCCUGCUGUGGUUGUGCAUAGACAGCGCCUCACUUGUCGUUCGGAGUCAGAUUGUUGGUCAAAAUGUUUUCAUUCCAAUCAUGGUAAUUUGUUGUCUCUUGUAGAAACGUUAGUUGCAGUCUGUAAAACAUGUUGUUCUUUAAAGUAUGAAUCACCCAAUCUCGUAACAUCAGCAGCUGAUCAUGAUCUGUGUAUUUCUUGUGUUUCGGUAUGAGCUAAGGAAAUAUUUGGGUAUGGAAAGAUCUAUUUGAAUCAAAGAUAUCCAUCACAAACAGAAAGUUUAGCUAUAGAUUCUGUACUGCAUUUUCCCGGUCUUGUAACUUUUAUUACCAAUGCUUUGGUCAUUAUGUGAGCAAGAAGCAGUCACUCAUUGAGUGAUCUAGAAUGAUUGUUAGUGUUACUGGCCUGCCUAUGCCUCCUAAUGGGUCUCUCUCUAUACACUAAUUAUGCAGUCUACUGAUUACCACCAGAAGUGGCGCUAAUGGUUUAGUUAGUUGAGGAACAUAUAUUUUUUACGUUAAUAUUUUAUGGCAACGCAUCAUGGUACAUUCUUUAUUCUGAUCUGGAGCUUUGGCCUCUGCAAGUGUUGGCUGUCAGUAUCCAUGGUACAGUUACUCUGUGCAUCAGCCUUCAGAGACCCUUCUAUUGAGAUGUGUGACAGGUGCAUUCAUGCUUUUUUAUUUUUUGGUUUAGCUCUGUGGCACAUGGUUAGCAGUGUGACAGGGAAAUGGCAUUCCCCACUCAAUGUGAUGUUACACUAAAGGAUGAUUAAUAAGUUCAGGAUCCUGUGUUUUUCUAGAGAAACAACUGGAGCAUUCUAUGACUGUUGCGUGUCACGGUGCUUCCUGUUCUUUUAAGUCGCUCCCCCCAUUCCCCCUUGCUUUAGCUUUUUCAUUUCAAAUUCUUUCAAGAUCAGUAGAUCUCCUACCUGGUAUACUAGCCAUUUCAGACAGUGUACACUGAGAGAAAAAAAGACAUCAUUAAAAUGCACGCUUGUAUCAAUAUUUCAAGUAAACAUCAGUGCUGGAGAAAGGGUGAGUGCUGUCUUCGGUCAAUGUAUUGCUGUUUGGUAUUAUAAUUGAAUUAUAUAAUUGUCACCAUUGUGGUUCCACUGAAGACGCAAACUAACAGCAUCAAGAGCUGAACUGUGCUCUGAGCACUAUCUGCGUUAACAUAAUCUGUCACAUGUACUGCUGGGAUUCAUGUCUUCCAAAGCUUUGCAGUUACACAAUGGCUGCACAGUAAAGCUUGCGUGAACACCACAGUACAGCAUUUGUCAGUAUUUGUAAAGCAAAAUAUAUGCAGGAAUUCAGGGUAACAAAAAGCACUCAAAAUCCCAGUGUCCUUCCAUACUGAAGAAAAUAGUCAUCCAGAAUAUUGAUCUGCUCGUGGCUUGUUACUUUGUUGUGUAGCUGUCUGGCCUGUGGCACCUUGCAUUCUAACCUGUCACUAGCACUCCCCUAAGCUGCGAAUACUGAAACAAGACCCACAAGUCUUUGCUUCUGCACUUAUACAGCAGGCGAGAAAAAUCUGAGUUCAUACAGACGUCUAUUGAUUAUUAAUCCAUUGUGUUUUGAAGUGUAUUAUAAUGGAAUGUGAUUGAAAAUGUCCUUAAAAGUUUGACACCUCUAAUAGCACCCAGUGCACAUGCAUAGGGCGGACAGCUAUAGUAUCAUUUUUAUUUUAUUUUUACUUUAUUUUUGUUAUUAGGUGAGAUAUCUAAAUAUGCUGUAUUCAACCAAAUAUAAGACUACAUUAGUAGCUUUAUUUGCCCUCAAUUCAGGUUCUAGAGUACAAGAAAAUGACUUCAUACAAGAUAGAUUUGUCUCGUAUGGCAUAAAUUCCUUGUAAUUUAGAGCUGUAAGAAAGGUAAAGAUACACUUUCAGAUGCUAAGGAGGGGAGGACAAAGGUGGUCUUAUCUUCACUUUAAUACAGUACAUUUUAUUUUAAACCUUCAGCUUUGAAAGGUAAAUGUGAAUGCUCAAUUUGUACCAUAAUAAAUUGUAAAUUAAGAACUGUUGUUUGUCUCAAGUGUACAUAAGCUAGCAGCCCCUCCCUAUCUUUUUAUACAAAUGCACUAAAACCAACAUCUAGAACUCUUCCCUGUAUUACCUUUUUUUGUAUUUGUUUUUUUCCUUGUGUGUGUGUGUGUGUGUGUGUGUAUGUGUAUAUAUAUAUAUAUGUGUGUGUGUGUAUAUAUAUAUAUAUAUAUAUAUACACACACACACACACUUACACGUAUACAUUUUAGAGUUCUUACUAAUCUGCUAAAUAGCAAAAUGUUUUUAGACCAAAAAAAAAAAUAUCAACUUGCAAAAUCUCAUCUGAAACAGUUUGUGAAUAUCUGCCAGGGAUUGUUUAAGUGCAUUUGUGUAAAAAAAGGAAUACUAUAAUAUAAAUGUGUGUCUGUAUAUAUAUCUAUAAAUGAAGAAAAGGUUUUCAGUCUACCUAGAAACUGCAUCUUCUGUACAAAGUCUCACUUAAAAUAUCUAAACAUUUGUUUCUUGUAGAAACAAGUUGAAGUUGGUUUAUUUCUGCUGAUUUUUUUGUUUAUGAAAAGUGUGUAAAUAGUGAAUAUUUUGAAUUUUCUUUUUAAAUUACAGCUCAAGACAUAAUGAUUUAUUUUCAAUAUGUUGAAAAGUUUAGUGGGAAAGUUUGUACUAUUGGGAUGUACCCCCAUCCUUCUGAACUUAGAGGCCACUUUCUACCAUAUUGAAAAGAAAUCUGAAGCGAUAAGGCAUUGUAUAUUUGAGUGAAAAAGUAGCAAAUAAUAGCUUGUGUCAAGCUUUAUAUAACAUGUACAUUCUGUAUAAAUGUUUUUGUCAAGCUAGAUGUAAUUUAAAAGCAUUAACAAAUUGAACAGAAGAAAUCGGAGCCUCCCCUGCAAUACAAACAUUUAGUAUUUAUUAGAAAUGGUGAUAUUACAUCAGUGAAGUAAUAACCAUAGAACAUAUUUAACCCUUUUGCUGCCAGGAACAUUGCAAAAAACAUUGCUUCUCACUGCAAAAGCAAUUACCAAAUUGGCCUCAUUGUUAGAUCUAUAGAGUGUGGGUAGGUUUAACACCUUAACUGCAAGGAGCACAUGCAAACUAUUUGCAAAUCAUUUCCAGCAGUUGUGGCAAAUAGCAGGAUUUUCAAUACUUGCAUAUAUAUUUUUGUUUCAUUUGUCAAAUAAAUAUUGCCAUUGUAGUAUUUGUUCAAAUAAAACACUAUAAGGAACAUUUUAAAGGAGUUGUUUAGAAACAUAAAUCUAAUGGCACACUGCUGAACCUUUCAUGGGAUUAUUUUGUAUAUAAGGAUAUUUUUAAUUCACAGAAGUCUAAUAAAACAAAAAAUAAAAAACAAAAAUCAAACAGAAGCCAAGUUACAGGUUUUGCAAUAAAAGAACUUAUUUUUUCAUUAGCUCCAUUAGAUUUUGUUUUGGAAUCUCUGUUAAAGAGAUUUUGCGGGUCCUAUAUAAUUAUUUUUUAAAAGACUUAUACAUUUAGGGAUUUUUUUUGUGCAUAUAAAAACUGCCUUGAAUAUGUACUUUUUGUUUUUGAAGAAAGUGUUUUUUUUGUGGGUGUGUCUUGCCUGUAUAUAUUUGUUCAUAUUUUUGUGAAUUCAAUACUCUGUACCAUUGUAUUAUAGUAACUU